AUGACUUGCAGAAAAAUUGCAGCUGCUGAUUAUGUGAAGGCCCACCUACCCGAGGCUCUGAAACAACAGCUGCAGGCCUAUGAGUGGGAAAAGAAAGACAGCCCUCUGUCCUAUCCCGCCAUCCUAGAGCAGCGCAUUCUGGCUGUGGACCGGGACAUGGUGGAGAAGUUCUCUGCCAGCCAUGAUGAAGCAGGCACGACGUGUUUGAUAGCCUUGUUGUCAGACCGUGAACUGACUGUGGCAAAUGUCGGAGACUCUCGCGGCGUUCUCUGCGACAAGGACGGCAACGCUGUGGCCUUGUCACAUGAUCACAAGCCUUACCAGCUGAAAGAGCGCAAGAGGAUCAAGAGAGCAGGUGGCUUCAUCAGUUUCAACGGUUCUUGGCGUGUGCAAGGCAUCCUUGCCAUGUCGCGCUCACUUGGUGACUACCCUCUCAAGAACUUGAAUGUGGUCAUCCCAGACCCAGAUAUCUUGACCUUUGACCUGGACAAGCUCCAGCCGGAGUUCAUGAUCCUAGCCUCCGACGGCCUGUGGGACGCGUUCAGCAACAAGGAGGCCGUACGCUUUGUGCGGGAACGCUUGGAUGAGCCGCACUUUGGCGCCAAGAGCAUUGUGCUGCAGUCUUUCUACCGCGGCUGUCCCGACAACAUCACUGUCAUGGUGGUGAAGUUCAAGAGCAGCUCUGGGAGCAAAACUGGAGAGUAGAUGGACUCAACUAAUAAACAGCCUCAACCGAUCAAUAAACAGCCUCCAUUGUCUUUCCAUUAAUGCAUAUUGCAAGACGCUAGAUGGUGUAAUACGAGACAAACAUUUUUUUUCUCUCACAAUUACAAUAAACUGUACAGACACACAUGUGCAAACACGUGCAUUCCCAGAUUUAUUGUAAUUUUUAUUUUUUUGGUGUGUGCCAAAUGGACACUUU